AUGAAAGUUUCUCGGAUGUCUCAGCCUACAGACAUGCCGGUUAACGACGGUUCAGACAUUCCGACGUCGCAAGGCGACAACGCAUUGGAUGCGGGAAUGAUAUUUCUUGGCGGUCAUCGCACGCGCCCGAAUUGGUCGCCUCAGGAUGACUUGAUUCUGCUGCAGCAUGUGGCUCGCCAUGGCACGCGCAACUGGGGCUCACUCCAAGCGAGCGGUUUUCUGCCGCUCCGCGACCAGAAGGCCUGCUGCAACCGCUUCGUUCUCCUCAAGAAGCGGUGCAUCAAGGACAAGCGAAGCCUCUCGCAUUUGCUGCACCGCGCGAAGGAGUCCGUCGUCGCACCCGAGACUAGCGUGCAGCAAAACCAGAUUGCGUCGUCGAGCUCCUUGGCAACUCCUUGCUUUUCGAGCCAACUGCAGCUUCCGGCAUUGAGCGGCUCCAGCCUUGGCCUCAACAGCAACUCGCGGCCCUCCUUCAAGAGCGGAAGUCCCACCAGCGCUUCCGCCAUCGCCGCCGCUACCGCGGCCUUCAAUGCUCCUUCCGCCACCGCGUCGCCGACCGCUGUGCGAAGUCCCGUUUCCCUGGUGCAGCAGCAGCAACAGAUUCAGCAGCAGCAGCAGCAGCAGCAGCAGCAGCAGCAGAAGAUCCAGCAGGCACUCGCUGGUUCCCCUUACUUACAGCAACCUGGUGUCAACACUUCUAAUGCGGCUUUGGGAGAUGGAAACUUUGGGGUUCCGCUUCUCCAGAUGCCUGCGCUCAAUCCGUCGACGUCUCUCAGCAUGUCUGUGCAGCUCGCCAAUCUCAAGUCGCGAUUGGCUCUCCAGCCUGGCUCGCUCCUCGCGCAAGCCCUUCGCCUGACGCAGCAGCCAGACUUCGCAUCAGUCGCCGAUCUUCCCCUCCUCGCUAACGUGCGGAAACUCGCCAAGUCCUCACCGUCGUCGUCUCUCACCGCAGCAGCAUCCGCUCCUGCUGCGGUCGGCUCUCCUCCUCGCUCUUCUGCUCCCUCCGGUUGCUCCUCUCCGUCAGACGUGGCCGCAGCCUUCUCUGCUGCAAGUGAGCCGUUCAUUACGCGUCGGUCUUCUCUUUCCUCAUCUGGCCGUUGCCCGUCUCCCAAUGCAUCGUUCGUUGCUGCUGAUGGUGGCCAAGGUAACGGCCACCUCGCUCCAGUUGCGCGCAUGCCUUCGUUUGAUGUCAGUUCAGUCUGCACAGGCCUGCCCUCUGCUGAUGCUUCUGCUGAAGCUGUUGUGCCAUCCUCCGUUCUUCCUGUCGGUUCCGCUGUAAGUGGACGUACUUUCACGGGCGGAGGUGGUGGAGUGGAGGGAGGUGGCGGUGGAGGCGCAGGAGCUUCCGGCAUAUGCGGCGAUGAUUCUUUCGCUUCUCUUCGCAGCUCCUCCUUCACUGCUCUUCUCACCUCCCCUGCUACCGCCAAUCAUCGCCAAGCUUCCAUGGCAUCAGCAGCACCAGCGCCUGUUAUCUCCCACACGUGGAGGCCACAGGGCAACGCCAGGUGCCUUCAGAAAACGUUGCAGGUGGAGUCAGCGAGCAGGGAGAGCCGAGAGACGCAGAUCCAGCAGCAGCGGGUGUACCAGUCCCAGCAGCAGGCUUUGAACAUCAAGCUGCAACAGCACCAGCAGCAGCAGCAGCAGCAGCAGCAGCAGCAGCAGCAGCAGCAGCAGCAGCAGCAGAUGAUGCCGCAGGUCCAGCAGGAGAAGGGACAGCAGCAAGUGAUGUCUCAGCGUCCUGACAUGAUGCUGUUGGAGGCGUUUUCAUCCGCUCGCGAGUUCCAAAGCGAGGAGGCGAUGUUCUCGUCUCUCUCCCACAAUGGCAUGUUUGCUGACAUGCCAGCGAGCUUCUCCGAGUCAGAUAUGCUCCAGGCGAUACAUGCUGAGAUGGAGGCAUUGCCGUUGCUCGAAGCUCCAGGCAAUUCUGUAUCCCUUUCCGUCUCCUCUCCCUACCUGUGCAUGCGUUCCCCUCCAGGCAACUACAUUGUUUCCUUCCUGGCCACCAACGUUCCCAAGGGUCCCAAGGCGGAGUCCUUUGUGACGGCGUCUCUAGUGCAGCUGCUGUGUCGGAUCUCCAAGCUGGGGUGGUACGACGAUGAGCGGUUCAGAGACAUCGUGGACGAAUGCACCAAGUUCCUCGCGCAGGUACAUCUGACGUCGAACCAGGCGUCGCUAGUGCAGCUGCUGUGCCGAAUUUCCAAGCUGGGGUGGUACGAGAAUGAGCGGUUCAGAGACAUCGUGGAUGAAUGCACCAAGUUCCUCGCGCAGGUGGGUGUGGGAUUGCAGCUGGGGUGGUACGACGAUGAGCGGUUCAGAGACAUCGUGGAUGAAUGCACCAAGUUCCUUGCGCAGGUGGGUGCAUGUGCUCACAGGUGUGCGUGCAUGUGCUUCUACAGGGAUUGCGGACCGCUCACUCACCUUCCACCGCAAGACAGCCUGCUCCUUCCGGGACCUGAUCCACUCUUUUUCAACCCCUCCUCUGCCCCAUCCCCCUGCGUUUCUCCCCUCACCCUCUUACCUACCUGCGUGCAGCCUAGUCCAGGCCGGUCACUCACCUUUCAUCGCAAGACAGCCUGCUCCUUCCGAGACCUGGCGCUAUUCGCCAUUUUCCAAAUCUCCCUCACCAGCCUGCGGCAGCUGCAAUCCGACGACCUGGCGCUAUUCGCCAUCUUCCAGAUCUCCCUCACCAGCCUCCGCCAGCUGCAGUCCGACGCUGACGACAAGCCGAGGGCGGAGGCUGUCUCCCUGGCGCUGCGCUGCCUGUCCCUCGACUUCACUCCCACCUCCCUCCCCCGGGCUCCUCACUUCUCUUCCCCCUCACCUCUUCCCCUCCAGCUGACGACAACGGACUACAAGCUGAGGGCAGAAGCGGUCUCCCUGGCGCUGCGCUGCCUCUCUUUCGACUUCGUCGGGACGUCAUUGGACGAGAGCUCGGAGGAGCUGGGAACCAUCCAGGUGCCUUCCUCGUGGAGGGCAGUGCUGGAGGACACGGCCACCAUGCAGCUCUUCUUUGACUACUAUGCCGCCACCAAGCCCCCGCUUUCAAACCAGGUGAAUUUAAAGCCCCCGCUCUCCAACCAGCUUUCCAAGCAGGUGGGCAUCAAAUGGAGUGAGAGGGGAGAGAGGGCAGUGCUGGAGGACACGGCCACCAUGCAGCUCUUCUUUGACUACUAUGCCGCCACCAAGCCCCCGCUUUCAAACCAGGUGAAUUUAAAGCCCCCGCUCUCCAACCAGCUUUCCAAGCAGGUGGGCAUCAAAUGGAGUGAGAGGGGAGAGAGGGCAGUGCUGGAGGACACGGCCACCAUGCAGCUCUUCUUUGACUACUAUGCCGCCACCAAGCCCCCGCUUUCAAACCAGGUGAAUUUAAAGCCCCCGCUCUCCAACCAGCUUUCCAAGCAGGUGGGCAUCAAAUGGAGUGAGAGGGGAGAGAGGGCAGUGCUGGAGGACACGGCCACCAUGCAGCUCUUCUUUGACUACUAUGCCGCCACCAAGCCCCCGCUUUCAAACCAGGUGAAUUUAAAGCCCCCGCUCUCCAACCAGCUUUCCAAGCAGGUGGGCAUCAAAUGGAGUGAGAGGGGAGAGAGGGCAGUGCUGGAGGACACGGCCACCAUGCAGCUCUUCUUUGACUACUAUGCCGCCACCAAGCCCCCGCUUUCAAACCAGCUUUCCAAGCAGGUGGGCAUCAAAUGGAGUGAGAGGGGAGAGAGGGCAGUGCUGGAGGACACGGCCACCAUGCAGCUCUUCUUUGACCACUAUGCCGCCACCAAGCCCCCGCUCUCCAACCAGGUGAACACUUGCCCGUUUCCCCCCACCUUCACCCCUCCCACGCCGCUCCCUUUCUACUUCGUCCCUCCCCACUCGUUCCAGGCCCUGGAGUGCCUUGUUCGGCUAGCCUCUGUGCGCCGCUCCCUCUUCACAGGCGAGGCAGAGCGCCUCAAGUUCCUCUCGCACCUCAUGAACGGCUCCACAGAGAUCCUGCUGCUCCUGACCCGCCCUCCUCUUUCUUUCCUCCCUCCCCUGCCAACCAGGCCUUAUCCUGCUGCUCCUGACCCGCCCUCCUCUUUCUUUCCUCCCUCCCCUGCCAACCAGGCCUUGGAAUGUCUGGUUCGCCUAGCUUCCGUCCGCCGGUCGCUCUUCACAGGGGAAGCAGAGCGCCUCAAGUUCCUCUCGCACCUCAUGAACGGCUCCACGGAGAUCCUGCGGUCCAAGCAGGGCCUGUCGCAGCACGACAACUACCACGAGUACUGCCGCCUGCUGGGCCGCCUCAAGACCAACUACCAGCUCGCGGAGCUGGUGAAUGCAGACAACUAUGCCGAGUGGGUGCAGCUGGUGGCGGAGUUUACGAUUACGUCUCUGCAGUCCUGGCAGUCCGGUCUGCUGUCCAGGGGCCUUGUGGGUGCGCUGUUAAGUGCGCCUGCUGGGCCGCCUCAAGACCAACUACCAGCUCACGGAGCUGGUGAAUGCAGACAACUAUGCCGAGUGGGUGCAGCUGGUGGCGGAGUUUACGAUUACGUCUCUGCAGUCCUGGCAGGUGCGUGGGUGGGUUGGGUUGGCCGCCUGCUGGGCCGCCUCAAGACCAACUACCAGCUCACGGAGCUGGUGAAUGCCGAGAACUACGCCGAGUGGGUGCAGCUCGUGGCGCAGUUCACCAUCACCUCGCUGCAGUCCUGGCAGUGGGCGAGCGGCAGUGUGUAUUUUCUUCUAGGCCUCUGGUCGCGCCUGGUGUCAUCAAUGGCCUACACCAAGAGCGACUGCCCCAGCCUGCUCGACAACUUUGUGCCUCAGAUUACAGAGGCCUACAUCACAUCCCGCCUCGACUCCGUUCAGGCCGUGCUUCAGAACAACCUAUCAGAGGACCCGCUGGACAACGACGAGCAGCUACAGGACCAGCUAGACAACCUGCCCUACCUCUGCCGGUUCCAGCUCCUACUCAUGCACGAGCGGCUACAGGACCAGCUGUACAACCUGCCCUACCUCUGCAGGUUCCAGCACUACGAGGUGUUGCUCCUAGUGCUAACGAACCUCUGUGUUGCUGCUCUCGUGGACCUCGCGUCCGUGUUCCUUGUUCCUUGUUUCUCAGUCAGUCAUUUAACGCCCAUCAUGCAGUCAUAUGCGGAGGCGGCGCGGUGGCAGCCGGCUGUAGCGGCGAGCAACACGAGCCAAGCAGCGCUACAGGUGAUGGAGAGCCAGCUGACGUGGAUUGUGCACAUCAUAGGCGCCAUUGUCAGGGGCCGACUCAGCUCCAGCAGUGGGGACUCCCAGGAGUUGAUCGAUGGGGAGCUGGCAGCGAGGGUGUUCCAACUCAUUCAAGUCACAGACACGGGUUUACACGCACAGCGCUACGACGAGCGCAGCAAGCAGCGGUUGGACCUCGUGCGCUACGACGAGCGCAGCAAGCAGCGGUUGGAUCUCGCGGUGCUCUCCUUCUUUCAGAACUUCCGCCGCGUCUACGUGGGCGACCAGGCCAUGCACGCCUCCAAGGUGGACACCGUUGAGCCAUGCCUGGGUGCCAAGGCCAUGCGCGCCUUCAAGGUAGCUCGUUUGCUGGUCGCUGUGUCGCUGCGUGGGCGACCAGGCCAGGCCAUGCACGCCUCCAAGGUGGACCCCAUUGAGCCAUGUCUGGGUGCCAAGACCUCCCUCCCGGGCCUGCAAGGUCACCUCAUGGUGCUUUAUGCAAUCCUCUAUGCGCGCCUGGCAGACCUGCUGGGCUUGCAAGAUCACCUUAUGGUGCUCAAUGUGAUUGUGGCGAAAAUAGCCACCAACCUCAAGUGCUACACCAAGAGCGAGGACGUCAUUGAACAAACGUUGAACCUCUUCCAAGAGCUGGCAGGAGGCUACAUGAGUGGCAAGUUGUUGCUGAAGCUGGACUCUGUCAAUUUCAUUCUAGCCAACCACACGGUAAGCUCUUACGAGCUUUGGGCUGCUGAGUUCUUUGAGGGCGAAAAGGGGCAGGCAGGGAUUGGGAUGGGAAGGGGGGGAAAGCGGAUAAAGGAAAGCGAGCACUUUCCGUUCCUGGACGAGCCCAGCAGCACGCGCAACCGCACCAUCUUCUACUUCACUCUCACCCGCCUCCUAUUCAUGGAAGACUCGCCUCAGAAGUUCAAAGCCUUUGUGGCUCCGCUGCAGCUGGUGUUUGUGAAGCUGGAGUCAAUGCCCGACGCAUCCUUCCGCACAGAGCCGGUCAAGUUUGCCCUUAUCAGCCUCUUCAGAGACUUGAGAGGAAUCACCAUGGCCACUAACAGUCGGCGCACGUUCGGGCUGCUGUUUGACUGGCUGUACCCGGCCCACAUGCCGCUCAUUCUGCGCACCGCCCAGUUCUGGUCCCACACCCCCGCGGUCACCACGCCGCUCCUCAAAUUCUUUGCCGACCGGCGCACGUUUGGGCUGCUGUUUGACUGGCUGUACCCGGCCCACAUGCCGCUCAUUCUGCGCACCGCCCAGUUCUGGUCCGACACCCCCGCGGUCACCACGCCGCUCCUCAAAUUCUUUGCCGAAUUUGUGGUCAACAAGACGCAGCGACUCACCUUUGACUCGUCCUCGCCGAAUGGCAUCCUGCUCUUCCGGGAAGCUUCCAAGCUGGUGGUGACGUAUGGCAAGCACGCCCUGGCCAUGCCCACAGGCGCACACCCGUACACGGCCAAGUACAAGGGCGUGUGGAUCGCUCUUACUGUGCUGACUAGAGCCCUGGCGGGCAAUUACGUCAAUUUCGGAGUGAUGGAGCUGUACGGAGACACAGCUCUGCCUGAUGCUCUCGAUGUGGCACUCAAGCUCUGCCUCUCCAUCCCUCUGCCAGAGAUCAUGGCAUUCAGAAAGUUGGCGCGGGCCUACUUCGCUUUCUUGGAGGUCCUCUGUCACAACCACACGCUCGUCAUCAUCAACCUGCCCACCGCCACGUUCAGCCACCUGGUGGGGUCGCUGGACACAGGGCUCAAGUGCCUGGACGUCUCCAUCUCGUCUCAGCACACCGUUCCGCCACCUGGUGGGGUCGCUGGACACAGGGCUCAAGUGCCUGCACGUGUCCAUCUCGUCUCAGGUGAGUAA